AUGCUAGGACGUUGCGACAGGCCACACCCGUCUCUACCGAAGUCGCACAAGGGGAACACGGAGCUGAAAAAUGGACAACCAACGAAGAUUCCGUCUUCUGCUGGUUCGGCACAUGUGAAGCGAUACACGUCGAUCGAGGCCGUGCUUCAUGGCUCAUUUCUUCCACACGUUCAACCACAUCGUAGGAGAAAGCCAGAGACAAUGGCAUACCGCAUGCUGGCUAACGGUACUGCGUGGCGAAUGGUGCAAACGUUGACGAGGGCCCUGAAGGUGUAUGUAGCAUACGUAAAUCAGAAAGCCUGA